AUGAGGAAAAACCGCAAAGAAGAAAGUGGCCGGUUUAAGGUCAACAGUCCUGGAGGGAAGCCCCAGGUGGGCCCCCCGGCCAAUAGGCUGCGCCGGCCCCCUCCCCCCCCCCGGCGCCCACCCCCGCGUCCAGAGCCCCUCGCGCGCACCUCGAGGGCGGCGCCUCCCGCACACGCCUCCCCCCGACUACACCGCCCUUGGUGGGCACAGCCCGACCCCGGCGCGCCUUUGUGCAGCGCCUCGCCAACCUGCCCCCCGUCCGCCAAGACCCACGCCCUGCACCUCACCCGGAGCCCGGCGGCCUCGCGGCGGGCGGCUCCCUCCUUAGUCCGUCACGCGGCUGCGGGUCGGCGACGCGAGCCGGGAGAGCGCUUGCACGGCGACGGCCGCUGCCGACCAGUCCCCGCAGGCUGGCCUCUGAGGGAGGGUACAUCUUCGCCUAUACUAGAUAGAUCAUUGAUAUACUUACCAAAACAAAAGGAAAUGGUCCUGUUUCCUGUGAAAUUGUAGUUUCGCGCUUGUUGUCCAGGCUGGAGUGCAGUGG